GUUAAUUAUUCCAAAAAUAAAACCCCCAAAAAAGAGAGAAAAGCAUGAACAUCAAGUCAAUGGCAAGAGGGGAGUUUCCCAGCCAAGAGCAGCUCGAAAACCUAAAGUACUACAAAUAUGCUGCAGUCGACAAGUCAUUCAUCACAAAGUACAUUCUUGUACACUACUGGAAUUGGGCCAUUACCCUCUUUCCCAUGUGGAUAGCUCCUAAUCUUAUUACACUUAUCGGCUUAUUUUUCAUGAUAUUCAAUGUUAUCUUGGUAGCAAUCUAUGUGCCAAGCCUGAGUGCAAGUGAAGACGCACCCAAUUGGAUCUACUUUAGUUUUGCUGCCGGUCUCUGGCUCUACUCGACCUUUGAUAAUGUCGACGGAAAGCAGGCCAGACGCACAGGCACAUCCAGCCCACUUGGAGAACUGUUUGACCACGGCUGUGAUGCCCUCAACACAACCUACAUCUCUCUAUUGCACGCAGCUGCAAUUGGCUCGGGCCAUACGCCACUAACCGUAGUUCUGUUUGCAGUAACCAUGGCAGGAUUUUAUCUUUCAACCGCAGAAGAGUACUAUACAGGCGUACUAUAUCUCGGCUAUGUUAAUGGUCCAACUGAAGGAAUCAUCUUGACAUGUAUUGCCUUUAUUAUCUCGGGUUUCUAUGGUGCUGGUAUUUGGCAGUUACCUUUGGAAGACAUUUCAUUGGUUUCAUGGAUCACUCCUUUAUUGAAUCCUGGCACAACAGGAGCCCAAGUAUUCGUUUGGAUGACAACCAUUCUGUUCUUUUUGACCCAUUGUCCUGUAGUACUUUACACAAUGUACAGUGCCUGUAAAGAAAAGUCACUCAACUGGAUCCAUGUAUUCUACACCUCACUGGGUCCAAUUGUCCUGUUUUGCUUGGCUGAAUAUGCCUGGCUCACAUCACCAGACUCUAUUAUCUUCAAAGGCCAGCAUCUUAUCCUGUUUAACCUCAUGGCCGGCACUCUCUUUGGACUCAUGGCAUCAAACAUCAUCUUUUCCCACCUCACAAAGUCACCUUUCCCUUCAUUAGCCGGUUCAGUGGCACCCAUGGUGAUCAUGUCUCUCUUGGUCAAUGCUCCUUCAUUUAUUAAUAUGCGUCUGAUAUCUGCCGAUUGGGAGUAUUACAUGGUGUGGACUCUGUUUGUUUCUGCUGUUUCAUAUUAUGCGGUGUGGGCAUCGUUGGUAAUCAAUGGUUUCUGUCGUUAUCUUGGCAUUCGUUGUUUGGUAAUUCGUCGCAAUAAGCCAGUUUCUCGAACAAUGCCCUCUGAAGAAAUCGCAGAAGACGAUUCUCUUUUGGAGGCACAGGAAGAAGGAGAAGUGGUUUCUCCCAAAGACGACAAUAUGGCUUACAGUACAUUCCACUAGAGCUAAUUUUAAGAAGUACAGCCAGACUACAUCACAUUAUACAUCACACAUGACACCACGAUACAUCAUGCUACACUAUACUACACCACACUACAUUACAUUACACGGUAGUUACUCUUUACUGUAUACUACUACUUUUUACUCUUACUCUUACUCUUACUACUUUACUACUGCUAGUUCUUCUCUUUUGGUUUAUUUGUCUGUAUUUUUUUUAUUAUCAUUUUUUUUUACAAUUUGUUUAGAAAAUUCCCAAUAUAUAUUAUCUUAUCCAUUCAAGAUCUUGUUAAAAUAUAGAUAACAAAAAAAAACAUAUAUAU